AAAGAGAAUAAUAGUGCCAGUCCAAACCACUUACAGAAAAGUAGGUCAAGUGGAAGAGUUUCAGAAAGAUUUAUAUUGCACGGCCAUCCCAGAGAGCUUUAUUUCAAAACAUGGAGCACAAACAGACCAUUAAUUUUGGAGCGGGACCAGCUAAACUUCCUCAGCCGGUUUUACUCCAAGCACAGAAGGAGCUGCUGGAUUACAGUGGCACUGGGAUAAGCAUUCUUGAAAUGAGCCACAGAUCGUCUGAUUUCUCCAAGAUCAUAAACAGUACUGAAAACCUUCUCCGUGAACUUCUGAAUGUACCUGAAAACUAUAAGAUACUGUUCCUGCAAGGCGGAGGCUCGGGACAGUUCAGCGGGAUUCCUCUCAAUCUGAUUGGUCUGAAGGAGGACAGGUGUGCUGAUUAUGUGGUCACGGGGACCUGGUCUGCAAAGGCAGCCAAAGAGGCAGAGAAGUAUGGAAAAGUGAACGUGAUUCAUCCGAAACUGGAUAGCUACACCAAAAUCCCAGACAGUAGCACUUGGUCGCUGAAUCCUUCAGCAUCUUACGUCUACUACUGCUGCAAUGAGACGGUGCACGGCGUUGAGUUUAACUUCAUCCCGGACACUAAAGGAGUGCUUCUGGUCAGCGACAUGUCAUCUAACUUCCUCUCCAGGCCGGUGGAUGUGUCGAAGUUUGGUCUGAUAUUUGCCGGCGCGCAGAAGAAUGUGGGCUGUGCGGGUGUGACGGUUGUCAUCGUAAGAGAGGAUUUGAUGGGCAAGGCCCUGAAAGAGUGUCCUAUUAUACUGGAUUAUCAGGUGCAGGCUGGCAAUAACUCGCUCUACAACACUCCUCCAUGCUUCAGCGUUUACAUCAUGGCUUUGGUUCUGGAGUGGAUCAAGAACAACGGCGGGGCGGAUGCCAUGGAACGACUAAACAAACAGAAAUCCAACAUCAUCUAUGACAACAUCAACCACUCCAAUGGAUUCUACUCAUGCCCGGUUGACGAGGCGUGUCGAAGCCGCAUGAACAUUCCGUUCCGCAUCGGAAAGAAGGAAGGAGAUGAAAGUCUUGAGAAGGCAUUCCUGGAUGGUGCUUCGAAACUUGGCAUGAUCUCACUUAAAGGACACAGGUCAGUGGGUGGCAUCCGGGCUUCCCUGUACAAUGCAGUGACUGUUGAAGAUGUGAAGGCUCUCGCCGCAUACAUGGAAGAAUUCCUUAAGAAUCACCGUUAGCUUAAAAGCCGUUUUUGAAAGUAGUAGUUUUUACUUGCAUUGAAAAGGGCUUGCACCUUUAAACUGGAGUGACACUAACAGAUUGGCUGCAUUUCUUGCAACAAGUUGUAGCAAAUGAAUGUAAUGUAACAAUCUAAUUCUCUUAAAUUGUAAUUCUCUAGCAAAUGGUUGUCAUUGUUGCCUAACUUUUUU